AUGCUCUUCGGACUCUUCGGUCAGAAACGCUGGGACCCUGCCGGACUCCACUGCUAUGUUACAGGAGGCUCUACCGGCCUUGGCUUGCAUCUCGCGCUCCUUCUCGUGAAGGGUGGCGCUCACGUUACGAUCGUUGCGCGCAACAAGGACAACCUUGCGCGCGCGCUUGAGCAACUGGAGGGUGCGCGCAUCUCGCCAGACCAAAUUCUUGCAUCGCACUCGCACUCGCUCGAUUCUGCGGAAAAUGCCCGGAAAGCGUAUGACGCGGCGUGCGCAGGGCACGGCGGACGACCGGCUGAUGCGGUCUUCAUGUGCGCUGGUAGCGCGCAACCGGGGUUCUGGGUCGAGUAUGAUGAGGAACAGAUACGCCGCGGAAUGGACCAGUCGUACUUCGUCGCUGCGUACACGGCCAAAAUUGCAGCAGAACGGAUGGCUCGCGCACGCCAUCCCGGCAAAUUGGUCUUCGUCGGCUCUAUCCUGUCCUACUUCGGAGUGGUUGGAUAUGGGUCAUACUGUCCUGGAAAGUUUGCCAUUCGCGGUCUAGCGGAGGCGCUCCGGCAAGAGCUGCUUCUCUACGACAUCGACGUGCACAUGUACUUCCCGGCCACAAUCGACACUCCGCAUCUCGCCGUAGAGAACCAGACAAAGCCCGCCAUAACCCUCAAGAUUGAGGAGAGUGAUCCCAUCGCGCGGCCCGAAGAUUGUGCUAUGGGCCUCUUGCGAGGCGUACAGCGCGGUGACUUCAACAUCACUGACUCGUUCAACGGUGAAGCCUUCCGCACAACUACACGCGGGUCGACACCCUGGAACAACUUUGGGAAAGAUAUUGUGUACGGUAUCAUUGGCUUUAUCGGGAUCCCUAUAUGGCGUCGCGGCGUCGACAGCAUGGUUCGCAAACAUAGAGCGGAGCAUCAAAAUUAUCUUGGGGAGCGCGGGUUCUUCAAGUAG